UCCGAGAAGAAGACGCUAGUGACGGGACGUGCUGCAUCAUCCGGGCCGAAGCAGCAGCUAUAGCGGAGAUCCAACAUGGCGUUCACGUUCGCGGCCUUCUGCUACAUGCUGGCGCUGCUGCUGACGGCGGCGCUCAUCUUCUUCGCGAUCUGGCAUAUUAUUGCGUUUGACGAGCUGAAGACCGACUACAAGAAUCCUAUAGAUCAAUGUAACACGUUAAAUCCGCUGGUGCUGCCCGAGUACCUCAUCCACUUCUUCUUCUGCGUGAUGUUCUUCUGCGCGGCCGAGUGGCUCACGCUGUUCCUGAACCUGCCGCUGCUGGCCUACCACGUCUGGAGGUACAUGAGCCGACCCGUGAUGAGCUGCCCCGGACUCUACGACCCCACGACCAUCAUGAACGCCGACAUCCUGGCCUACUGUCAAAAAGAGGGCUGGUGCAAGCUGGCCUUCUACCUGCUGUCCUUCUUCUACUAUCUCUACGGGAUGAUCUAUGUUCUGGUGAGCUCCUAAACGGGACGUCGGAGGAGGAGGAGGCCCCGCGGGGACCGCUGGCGGCCGGGUGCUGGACGACUGGACCUGCUGGAGACCAGCGCUCGGCUCUGCAACACCAGACACCUCCAGCGGUCGGACCCUGGACCCCCCGAUCCCACACACCGAGUCAUUUCAGAAACAUUUAGCCUCUUAAAGACUUUGUCGUGGUCACAGCGUUCCUCUCAUAGCACCGCCGCUCAGAAAAAUUAUGGAAAACAUGGACAAACCUGAUGGAGAAGUUUAUCUUUUUCAUUUUGAAUCGUGUGGGUUUUUUUUUUUUAUGCUUGGGAUUUAAAUAAAGUUUUUUUUUUUUCUUUUUCUAUUCAUCAUAUUUCCCAACUUUUGAGGGUUUACAGAUUAGUUUAGGUUUUCAAGUGUUGAUUUAUCUGCGAACAUUAAAGCUGAGCUGCAUUAAGCUUUUAUUCCCCCCCUGACUUAUUCCUGCCACCGAACCCAGCGGUGCGGACGCCGCAGCGGCUCUGACGGCUGCGGGACUCUUAUCAAUAACGGGACGUGCUGCACGUGGACGAUCGGCCACCGGCCGUCUCCCAACAUCAACUUUUUAACUGCGUGACUUUUCAUACUUGUACUUGUCUCCAUCCCCGAGUCCGGACCGGAGCAUCGUCUGGACCCGUGUUCCUGUAGCCAAGCAGCUUCUCUCGUCUUCCUUGUAUUUCAAACUCCAAAUAUUCUACUUUGGAUGUUUAUUUAUAUUCCAUGUGUUUUAAUUUAGCCGUCUUUGUUUUCAGGAUAUCAAGCACUCCCUGCAGCGUCUCGUCUCCCCCCACACAAUCAAAUCUGUCACCUUUUACUCGGAUUAGUUUCACUGUUAAGAGUAUUUAUUGUCAUUUCAGGGAAAUUAUCUUUUGCCACUUAUAUCCCCAUUGUGUCACAUCUAGGAAGUGAUUUUAUUUGAAUCUGAAUAAAAUGAUCCCACUCUGAA